CAGUAGCUCCACAGAGGAAACUACGGUUCACAGCUACUUGCAUUCAAACGUAUUUUAAAUCAAACACGUCCGACCAGAAGUUUUCCUGCCAACACAAACACGAGGACGGUGGAUUUGGUCACAGUCCCAUUCAGGAGCUCUCCACACCCUCAGCUCUGAAGAUGGAGAAGGAUCAUAUUCACUGCAUCUCCUGUGUCAACCAGAGAUGCAUGGUCAGACCUGAACCAGGCGUUUCUUGUGAUCUCAUCACCUGUCCUCAUGUGUGUGGGGCAGUAUUUCACUCCUGCAAAGCUGGCGAGCACCAUCUUCUUUGCCCACUACUGAGGGUCCCCUGUCUAAACAGUAGCUAUGGCUGCCCCGCCAUGCUGGUUCGCAACCAAAUGUAUGGACACCUCGAGGUGUGUCCGGCCGGCGUGGUGUGCUGUACUAUGGAGUGGAACAGAUGGCCCAUUAGCUGCCUGGACUAUACCUCCUAUGAGAGCCUCAGUCGCGGGGUGGAGGAGGUGGAGCAGCUGGACAUGGCACUCGCUCUUCAGGAUCAGCGUACACUCCUCGAGUCCCUCAAGGUGAUUUCCAUGGCACCUACUGCAGAGGGACAGACACUUGUUCCAGUUGGUAAGGAGACCAAGGUAAAGAACUCGCCAGCGCCUGCCCCAGGUUCGGCAAAGGAGAAGAUUGCCAGUGGAAUUAAUGGCUUGAACGAGGAGCACUUCGGUAAACUGUAUGAGGCCACAGUUGAGACUGCAAGAAGUUUAGCUGCUGCUUUAGACUUUGUCAACAGUGCUGGUUCUGUUGAUAGCAACUCAGUGUGUGUAAACAGAGGAGCUGCUGGCCAGGAGAGUAGAUCGAGCAGCAGCACAGACCUUCAGAAUGGACUAGAAGACAAAGCAGAGGCUGACGGUGUGAUGAAAAGAGAGAUGGAGGAGAAAAGUGUUUGUUCUAGCUGUUCAAGUGGAAACUGCGCUCCUAAAACAAAAGGACCUCAGUCAGGAGCAACAGGGGCCUGUUUAGAUGCAGCCUCUUCUGCUGAGGUGCAAGGUGACAUGAAUGCUGGUGUUUCUCAGGAGGCAGCGACCCCUCAAAUGUCGUCUCCACUGCAUGUCAGCCCAGGUGUGGCACAGAGGGCUGGUCACGUGGUCCUGGAAGACAGGGGGCUAGUCCUAUUAGAAAGCCAUGUGUCUGAGCGGAGGUUCCACAACUACCAGUAUUUCAGAGGUCAGAGCCAAUAUCCGUUACCAAAUGGACGGAUAGGAUUCCACCCAGACAGGUCACCAUAUAGAUUGCGACCCAAAAUGGAGGACAAGGCAGUGGAUACCUCUGAUCUGGAGCAGGAUGACGACCCAAUGGGUCUAGGAGAGAUUGAUUUGAUCACAGCAGCACUGCUCUUCUGCUUAGAAGAGUCUAGGGAGUGUAGGAGGAUCUCUGACACAGUCUAUGUUGAUGGCUACUGCGUCAACUUUGGCACACAGACAUUCACUUUCCCCGCAGCAAUCUUGGUAACAAACACGAGAGUGGGUGACAUGGCCUCUGCAUCUGCCUGUGAUCAUGCUGCCCCCCAGCUCGCCUACCCAAGCCCUUUCCGCACCCUCCGCCUCGGACUUGUCCUGGAAGCUCUGGAGGUGGAGGCGGUCCCACAUAACCGUUACCUCCCUUCAAACCCCCGCUACCAACACAUGUUCCCCUUCGUCUGUGGCCAGUCAUUCCGCCGGGACCAGUUUUCUUCCCAUUUCACCAAUGUCCACGGUGACAUACACGCUGGUCUCAAUGGUUGGAUGGAGCAUCGCUGUCCACUAGCCUAUUAUGGCUGCACAUUUUCCCAACGGAGGUUUUACCCAUCCACCCAGGGGGCCAAGGUGGUUCACGACAGACACCUGAGGUCCUUCGGGGUUCAGCCUUGCCCGAGGGCCAAACUUCCAAAUGACUCCCAGUCUGACCAAUUUAGCGGGCUUCCCAAUGAGAUACUUUGGCACAUAGCUGGGUUCCUGGACAGUUUCAGCCUGUGUCAGCUGUCACUGGUUUCCCGGACUAUGAGGGAGGUGUGUGCCAGUCUCCUGCAGACCAGGGGUAUAGUGGAGCUCCAGUGGGAGCGGGGACAAGGAACUGGUGCUCAUGGCACUGUGUCAUGGCAGAUCAAAAAUAGAGUGUGGAGAUUCAGCACUGCCUUCAGCCCCGUGUCGUCCUGGGGUUUCACCGAUCUCCCCAGCAUGUCGGACCACCUGAAGAAGUGCCACUACAACACGGUGGAGCACAAGACGGAGCCCAUCCCCCUUCCUGCCAUGUGCACCGCACGCGACGGACCAUCGCUGCGUCGUGUCCUGCGUCCCGUGUACACCUGACCAAAUGGGGCUGACCGCCCGCAGAAUCACUGUAGUAUUACGUGGAUGGUGCAAUUUCAACGUUUUUCAGUUUUGAAUAAGCAAUGAACUCUUCCUGCAUUACACAAUAGAUAUGAAGAAGCCUUAAUGAAUGAAAUAACACUUUACCUGUCACAACGUGUUUGUGGGCAAUUCCCACGUUGACGAAAAAUACAUAUUAACCUUGUAGCUUUGCAUGAGUUUUUUGCUGAAUAUGCACCUGGUGAGAUAAAGUCUAUUUUCUUGAAGACAAAUACGCACAGUAGAUUUAUAUUAUUCUAUUUGAUGUAAUGAAAAGAGAUUUAAAAGUUUCCACUGUCUGGUCGUCAAGUUGUAGCCUUGAAGAAAAAGCAGGUUAUUGGUUAUUGCAUUAUUUCUGUGUGACAGAAAGUUAUGCCAGCACUGUACAAGAUUUACUUGUGUCUCCUCUUUCUCGUCUUACUGAUCCCGAUUUAUGAUGUCAACACCAAUGCAAGUCUGCGUCUGUAGGACAGAGUCAAAUAGAUGGAUAUUAAUAUGAGGAUAGCUCCAUAAAUGCAUGUGAUUUGCUACCAUUCAAUAAAAUCUUUUCAGCCUUC